AUGAACCCUCAAGAGCAGAACUCUCCAGCUGUCAUUGAUAAUGAGUUGUUUCAAAUGUAUGCUCAUUACCAGCUAUGCAGAGUGAAGAAUAUUAGCAACUCGAGCGAUGCGGCAGAAAAAAAGGCUUUAGUUCAGAUAUUGGAAGCCUGCCAGCACAUAAAUGCGAGCACUUUCCAUUCGCUUGCCAAUGAUCUCUUGAAGCAUUCCGUCCAGCUAGAGUCUUUCCACGAGGGUGGUCUCACAUCGCUAUUUGACAGUACCGUAUAUAAUCCAAAUGGCAUACCCAGUAUCGGAAGUCCGUUGGACAAUAUACCUCAAGUGAAUGUACACGCUGGAACAAAGAGAGCCAAGAAGGAUUCAGGCAGGUUACGUAAUCUCAGUCGUGAUGUGAUGAAAGCCCCUCACGCUACAACAUCGUAUGGGGCUGAUCUGAAUCGACAAUACAGCGCUGAACAAUCUAGCACCGAAGAUUCCGAUAAUGAGGAGCCCACCAUUAUAACACCAAAGAGAAAGAGAACACUGUCAAUGACUAUCACAGACAGCAGACAAGGCUUGUCAACUCCCAAUUUACGAAGCGACAGACAAUACAAUUUAUCAAGCUCGUCAAGAAGAGAUCUGGACUAUAUGAGCUCAGUUCCAGAGCAAACCAAGCAAGAGUUAUUCAAACGAAUGAAAAAGAUCACCGACAGUUUUCAAAUUGAUUACAGCGUUUCUCAGGAGGGCAAAACUCCCGUCCGGUCUUUCCAGAUUCACUUUAAGGAAAGGUUCUCUGGUAAAAUUAUCUACCAUCAAUGCCAAACAAAUUUCAUUGCAUUCCAGAUUGGCCAAAUCAUCGACAGAGAGACACGUAUAUUUUCAGCUGAAGUGCAAGAGGAAAACCAGAGGCUGUAUUAUACAAAGGGUUUUAAGAAAACAAAGUCGGAUCCAAGCCUGAAAGUACUCAACAAGUAUAGCAAGACCUUGGCCCGAUUAGUCAAUGAAAUUGGCGUCUAUUGCUUGUUCAUGCCAGAAGUCUUACCACCCACCUUUUACAAAAGAGCCGAUGAGGAUCUUCUUAACAGAGUUAUUAAUCACAUGAACGAGAAAUUUCCUCAUUUUGCUACUAUUGCAAGCAUUGAUGAAAAUGGAAACUUGUUCAUUGCGGAUAUUGGAAAUGUGGGAGAAGAUGCGGGCGAAAUGGCCUGUGAAGAUGUAGGCAAAGAUGCAUCUGAUGAUGCGAAGCAAGAUGUCAAGCCAGAGGCUGUACAGUGCAGUACCGAUUAA